UCAGGCUCUGGGAACGUUGUGCUCUGGACCGCCAAAGGACCAGCUACACGCUGGGAGUACAGCCAGCCAGUUGAUAUAUAUACAUUUGGCCUGAAGUGGCCAAAAGUGUGACAAACAGAACGGAAAGUUAGCAUACUUUUGUGAGUGACGAUUUGGCCAAAUCGUGAGUUCAAGCCCCUCAAUCUCAAUCCAGUGAAAUCGAAGAUUUUGAAAAUGUGACCCAAUUGAAAAGGCGAAAACGGGUCGCAGCUACAUAUGAAAUACACACACAUUCGUAUAAAUAUAGCAUACAUAUAUGUAAUCGAGCAUAAGUACAUCCGUCAAUACAAGGAGGAACUAUGAAGCUCUCUGACACCAUGGCCACGCCAAUAGAAGAGAAACUCGAUCAAAACCUAAAGGUGCGAACUGGUAUGGUCCACGUGAGCGAUGGCAAGAGCAGACCAGAACCCCUGCGACUUAAUCUUACAAUGGAGUUACUUUCGCUGCAGAAGUUGGAGGUCGUUACCCCAAGUAGUUGUCAUCCCAAUGGACCGCCAAUGGAAUCGAAGGAGCGUAUGGUUCAAAUUACGCGCCAAAAGCAAGGCGGCCUUGGACUGAGCAUAAAAGGUGGAGCCGAACACAAGCUACCCAUAUUGAUAUCGCGUAUCUAUAAGGAUCAAGCGGCGGAUAUUACGGGUCAGCUUUUUGUGGGCGAUGCCAUUAUCAAGGUCAAUGGAGAAUAUAUUACGGCCUGUCCGCACGACGAUGCUGUCAACAUAUUGAGAAACGCUGGCGAUAUAGUUGUACUCACGGUGAAGCACUAUCGCGCAGCAACGCCUUUCCUUCAGAAGCAAUUAACCAAAGACACGCCCGAUUCGGACAACGAUGCCACUUGCGCCGAACUGAAGGCCGACGAGGGCUACAAGUCCUCCGUCAAUAGUGGAACCAUCAGUCGCAGUUGCAGUCGCCCCAUGUCAAUUUGCUCGGAGCCCGAAAAACGAUGGACCGAUGUGGUGGCAGUACCUCUGAUGAUGGCCUAUGUGACGAGAUAUAUUUAUGGCACCGACAAACUGCGCCAAAACGCCUUCGAAGUUCGAGGUCUUAAUGGCAUUACCACAGGUGUUAUACACUGCGAUGAGCUGGCCAUACUUAGUCAGUGGCUGAAAUUAAUCACAGAUAAUGUUGUGGGCCUAACGCAUUUACAAAUGAAGCUAUAUAAUAGAAACUUUGCUGUGGGCGAGCGCAUUGAGUACAUGGGUUGGGUAAACGAGGGAGUUAUCAACAACAAUAUAUCCUGGCAGAGCUACAAGCCCAGAUUUCUACUGCUCAAGGGCACCGAAGUGAUGCUCUUUGAGACGCCACCAUUAAAUGUGGCUGGCAUCAGUAAGGCUUUGGUGGUCUACAAGGUCUAUCAGACCAUGUUCCGAAUCGUCAAGGAAUCCGAGACUGUGGAUAGUCGUCAGCAUUGUUUCCUGCUGCAAAGUUCAGGUCAUGAGCCCCGUUAUUUGAGCGUGGAAACCCGUCAAGAGCUUUUAAGGAUCGAAAACAGCUGGAAUGCGGCCAUUGUGACCAGUGUCAUUAAGUUGGGACGUAAGACCUUUGCUGUUUCGCAUCAUGGAAAAAGUGGUGGACUUACGUUGGACUGGCAAGCUGGAUUUUCCCUAACUGAAGGAGCCGAUUCCGCUACAGUUUGGCAGUAUAAAUUCUCCCAAUUAAGAGGCUCUAGUGAUGAUGGUAAAUCCAAGCUAAAGCUGCAUUUUCAGGAUCACGAAAGUCGAGCAAUCGAAACCAAGGAACUGGAAUGUCAAGUACUACAAAGUCUGCUUUUCUGCAUGCACGCGUUUCUCACGGCCAAAGUGGCCUCAGUGGAUCCAGCAUUUUUGAGCUCAAUCCAACAGACCUAAAUCAAAAUAGAAGACAAGGAUUCACGGACUCACAUUUAAAUGAUAUAUGGAAUAUUCGUAAAGUGCAUAGCAAAUAACUCGAAUAUGAAUGUUGGACUAGGUAUCUCAUACAUGAUUGUCUGCUUGUACUUAUUAUAAACAAGUACCCGUUUCGGUGUAUGUAUGUUGAUCUGAAUGAUUGUAAUUGGAUAUUGAUAUAUUUAUAGCGCUGAUAAAACUGAAAGUGAAAUCUCUUGGUGCAUUACAGUAAAUUUUAAGCAUACAUAAGGCAA